AGCACAUUGACGGGUCGUUUGACUAUCCGCUACAGAGCGAGACUGUACCCGCAUGGGCCUUGAUUGUUGGCUCUAUUGGGCUGCCUAGUGCGCUAUUCUUCUGUACGCAGCGAUGGCAUCCCAAUAAGCAUGACCUGCACCAUGCCUUUUUGACUCUGUUCCAAGGCCUUGUGCUAACUGAGGUAGUCACUGUGGCUGCUAAGCUGUACGCAGGACGAUACAGGCCUGACUGGAUGGCAAGGGUGCGGGGGCAGAACUUCAAGGUCGGAGAUGUAAGUUACGCAUAUUAA